GCAAGCGUACUUCGCAUAGACUUCUAAUAUUCUCUAGAAAUUGUCUACGAACUAUCCGUUAUGUUGAAAAUUUUCACUCUACUCAUCCUUUGUCUGUGGAUCUCACAGGGUGAGGGCCAUCGCUACUUUGAGCCGUGGAACGCGUGCGAGGACACUGCUACCUAUCAACUUUGCCGAGAUUUCCGUGACAUACGCAAUCUGAUUGAUGCGAACACUUUGGUCUACUACAUCUCUUCUGGCUAUUAUAAUGACAAGGAAUUCCGCAAUGCCAUGGACUUCAUCAAAACCGACCAAUUCGAAUCGGUGUCACAGCAACUUGCUGAUACUUCCAUUUAUCAGAGUGUGCUUAAGCGCUUUUCCGAUGCUGGCGUUAGCACGGAAACCAUCUCCAGCAUUUCAAACAUUUUCAAAUGUCUGAUGAUUUCGAUACCCGAAUAUGGUGAUGAGUCGGAGAUUACUGAUUUAGAAUCUUCGAAGAUCAAGAUAGAGAGCCGAUCUUUGCAAGAUGUUGCUCAGAAUUUGGUGGGUGCAAUUCCACGCUCGAAGCUUCGCCAUUUGGUGCGGGAAAAGAUGCGUGAGAGUAGGGAAUUUGCCAACUUCUAUCGCGUGUUGCGCAGCAGCGGCUUCCGUCACGAUGUCAAGAGGCUACUGAAAUCAUACACAACAAGGCAUCCGAUUAACGUGUUGAAACGCCAUAAUAUCGAUCUGCAGAAAUUGCUAGAAUACGCAUAUAAAAUCUUCGAUUCCGUUCAAAGUUAUUGAACUGUGGCCACCGGCUCAUUUGAAACAGAUAAUUUGAGUUUGCGCUUUGAAAUUUGACAGCGAUGCAAAUAAAUUGAGUUGAAUUUGUCUAAAA